AAGAAAAAAGUUAUCCAGAAACCAUAUAGUAUCUCUCUUCACCGAAGAAAGAAAAACUCAAACAAGAAGCAAAAGAAGAGAGUAUAGCCAUGAAGAAAACAGAGCUGGUUUUCGUUCCCGCACCAGCAAGAGGCCACCUGUUAUCUGCUCUCGAGUUCGCAAACCAGUUACUGAGCCGAGACAAUCGUUUCUCAGUCACAAUCUUACUCAUGAAAUCACCAUUCCAUCUUUCUCUCCCAUUACUCACUUCUCACGCCAAUAACUUGCGAUACGUCGACGUUCCGACGCCGGAACAGCUUCCACCACCGGAGCUCGUGUCGGAGUCCUUGGAGAAAUAUAUCUCUGACUGCAUAGAGAGUCACAAGUCCAACGUCAAAGAAAUCGUGGCCAACCUUUUACCCAAACCGACUUUGUUUUCCGGGUUGGUCGUCGAUAUGUUCUGCACCGCCAUGAUUAGCGUCGCCGAGGAGCUUGGAGUUCCUUCCUACGUGUUCUUUACCUCCAGCGCGGGCUUCCUAGGCUUCAUCCUCUACGUGGGCGACCGAGAAGGCGGUGUUUUUGAGGAGUCCGAUCCCGAGUCGGACAUUCCGAGUUUCGCCAACCCGGUCCCGACUCGGGUUCUGCCAUCGUUCGCGUUCAAUAGGCGUGGUGGGCUCGCGUCGUUUGUGGAUCACGCCAGGGAAUUUAAGAAGACGAAGGGUAUUAUUGUCAACACAGUUCUAGAGUUGGAAUCUCAUGCUGUAGAUUCUUUCUCUUACCGUGGAACUCCUCCGAUUUACACUGUCGGACCGCUUCUUGACCUCAGUGGUAAGCACGACGUGCGGUCUGAGAGAAGCCAAGACGAUAAGAAGAUCUUCAAGUGGCUUGAUCGCCAACCGCCAAAGUCCGUCGUGUUCCUCUGCUUCGGAAGCCAGGGAGCCUUUGAUGCGCCGCAGCUAAGAGAGAUCGCCAUUGGCUUAGAGCAGAGCGGUCAACGGUUCCUCUGGUCUGUACGCAAGACUCCACCGCAGGGGAAAAUUAUGCCAGAAGACUACCAAGAUCCCGGGGAGUUUCUUCCACAUGGAUUCUCUGAGAGAACAAAGGAGGUGGGCCUUCUAUGCGGGUGGGUCCCGCAAGUAGAGGUUCUGGCCCACAAGGCGAUCGGAGGGUUCGUGUCACAUUGCGGUUGGAACUCGACAAUGGAGAGCUUGUGGUUCGGUGUGCCGAUUGCCACGUGGCCGAUGUACGCGGAACAACAGAUUAACGCAUUUCAGAUGGUGAGGGAUUUGGGGUUGGCAGUGGAGCUGAGCUUGGAUUAUAAAAACGACGGUGGUGAUGUCGUGACGGCGGAUCAGAUAGCCAGAGCCGUUGGAUGCUUAAUGGAUGGUGAUGGUGAAGUGAGGAGGAGGGUGCAGGAAAUGAGUGAGAAGUGCAGGAGGGCUGUUGUGGAUGGUGGGUCCUCUUUUGUGUCGUUUGGGCGGUUGAUUGAAGAUGUGUUAGCAAAUGUAUCAUGAAGUAACUUGGACAAGAACAACACAGACGUGCACUUUUCUCAACAAUCUCCCUCUCAUGUGUGUGUUCACCAAACUCCCUCU